AUGGCAUUCAUUACAGAAGCCAAUCUGCAGUACUUAGCUCAACACAAAUACCAAACCACUGGCUACUCAAAAUUAGAUAACAUUCUUAAUCACUUUUGGUUAUGGGUCGUUUCUCUCUUUCCAAAUUGGCUUGCUCCUAACCUAAUCACUCUAAUUGGGCUAAUCUGCAUGGCAGGGUCAUAUCUUAUCAUGGUACCAUACGAUACAACAUUUACCAAGCCGAUACCAUCCUGAAUUGUAUUGCUGUCAGCUUUUCUUCAGUUUAUGUAUCAAACACUUGAUGCAUGUGAUGGAAAACAAGCCCGAAAAAUUGGUCACAGUUCCCCUCUCGGAAUGUUAAGCUUUUUAAACAUCUUGAUAAUAUUUUUAUAAUACAUAAUUAUUUGGCUUAUUCAACUAUUAGAAGUAUAUUAGACCAUGGCUGCGAUUCAUUGUCAUCAGGCCUCUUAGCAUUAGAUAUACUACAAGGACUAAGCUUAGGCAUUAAAACAGACACCAUACUGAUGUUCUGUGGAGUAUUAGGCGUCUUUUAUAUGGCAACAUGGGAAGAAUAUCACACUCACUACUGCCGAACCCAAAUAGGAAGCUGGGGAGUUUCAGAGUGCCAAUUCACCGUAAUUACAAUUUUUAUUGUCCAGGCAAUUUUUGGAAACAGCAUCUGGCAUACACAAAUAAUUUAUGGAUUUACAUUAGAAUUCGUUUUGAUUUAUGGAAACUUAUCAGUUGCAGUACUUAUGUCAACGAUUAUGAUGUAUAGCGUCUUCACGACAACAAAAGACAAACUAGGGGCCUUUUUAAGACUUCUACCACUUAUAGAGAUGACUAUAAGUUUAAUUUUGUGGCAAACUCACCCAAUGACCCCGAGCUAUGGUUGGCUUGUGUUUUUGACCCACAGCGUGAUUUUUUCAGCGAUUUGUUCAAGAGUCAUCAUAUGUAGCGUGGCGAGAAUGACUUUUGACUGGUUUGAUCUUUGCGCAUUUUUAGAGCUUUUAUUGCUUAUUGAAAAUCAUUAUAUCAAAGUUUUGCCAGUAGCUACUUCGGUUUUUGCAUUCAGCGCAUUUGUCCUUGCGAAUUAUUCAAUUUUUGUAAUUGGAGUUGUAAACCAAAUUUCAAAUUACUUGCUCCAACUCUUUUAUAUUGAAAUAGCAAAUUAUUUGAUUUUAAAGGGUUAAAUUUUUUUUAAAAAAAACUUAAUUUAUCGAAUUUGGACCCUAUUUCGCUCCUUAUUAAAAAAAGAACAAGCUAUAGGCAAAUUUCGAUUGUGGCGAUAUCAGUUUGGUGGAUACCAAAGCAAAUUAAUUUCAUGACCGAAAUGCAUAAGGAGAUGGAGCAGAGUGAUAUUGAAGAGCUUGAAGAAUUGUGGGGAAAGGCCAGACUUGAAGGUCUUAUGGCCAUAAAUUAAUUAAUUAUUAAAGCAAAUUAGCCCAAAAAAUAGAAAUGCUACAGAUAUUUGUAUAUUUAAAGGAAGAGUUAGGAAUUUCCGUGUUUCGCGUAAAACUCAAGCAAUAA